GCGUGGGGAAGGAAGUCCCGCCCCCAUUCUAGACCCCGCACUUAAUUCGCUGCGCGCGGUGAGCUUCCGCAGUGCGUGUACCGAGAGCUCGGACGAUAGUGGUGUCCUUGGCUCUGCGCCUGGUGUUCCCACACUGCCUCCAAGAUGUCAGCUAAAGCCAUAGAGAGCGGGGAAGGAGAUGCCACUGACUUCUCCCUGCUGGAACCUCCCUCUGAUGAAGAGGAUGAACCUUCCCAGUCAUCUGACCAGGCCUCUGAUGGUUCUCCUGGGAAGCCACCACAGGGGCCACCCCAGGGGCCAGAUGGAUCUGGCUCUGACCCCAGAGACCCACCCAAGGCUGGAGGCAGCAAUUUUUACCAUAAAGCAGGCGUGGCCUGUGCAGCCGUGGUUGGAGGAGCCCUGGCCGUGGGGGCUGUGCCCGUGGUGCUGGGCGCCGUGGGCUUCACCGGGGCAGGAAUCGCAGCCUCCUCCCUAGCGGCCAAGAUGAUGUCAGCGGCCGCCAUGGCCAAUGGGGGCGGAGUUGCCGCCGGCAGCCUCGUGGCCACUCUCCAGUCCGUGGGGGCAGCCGGACUUUCCGUGUCAUCCAACAUCCUCGUGGGCUCGGCUGGGUCAGCUCUUGGGGCCUGGCUGUGGGGUAGCAAAAAGCAAGCCCCUUCCUCUCCUCCACCAUAAUCCAGUACUGAAGCAGAGAGGGGCUUCCGUGCUGGAGAUGAUCCUCCAGGGCCUCAGGAUGUCAGUCCCCCAAAUGACAAGUCCUCUGCGUCCUAAAAUUCUUCAAAGAAGCAUAGGAAAUAAAGACGAGAUGCUGUGACCUUCA